CCAUCUCUCUCUAUAAUAUAUAUAUAUACCCAGAGGGAGAGACGCUUCAGUGCUUAAUCUAUACAGAACGAAAGAGAAGAUGGGAGACGACGGCGCAACUCACCUGGAGAAGAUGGGAAGAGAACUCAAGUGCCCUAUCUGCUUGAGUCUAUUUAAUUCCGCAGUUUCGCUUACCUGCAACCAUGUCUUUUGCAAUGCAUGUAUAGUGAAAUCUAUGAAAGUCGAUGCUACUUGUCCUGUCUGUAAAGUCCCAUUCCAUCGUAGAGAGAUUCGAGGAGCUCCUCAUAUGGAUAGCUUGGUGAGCAUUUACAAGAACAUGGAAGUUGCUUCUGGUCUCCACAUGUUUGUUAGCCUGACUAAACAAUCAUCACCAGAAAAAGAAAUGCAUGUGGGAGAUGCUUCCAUUGAAAAGGAAAAUGGUAAGAAACGUCUGGGAUCUAGUAGUAAGGCCCGAACAUCCAAGAAGAGAGGGUCUAAAAGAAACAAGGAGGCAGAUGUAGAUGCCACUGGACCUAUUGUUAUGAAGCCUUCAUCCCAAACCAAUAAAAGGGUGCAGCUGUCGCAGAAUCACUCUUCUCAAACUUUAACAAAAUCUACAGAAUCAGCUGAAAAACUCAAGGACUACACUGAUAAAACUGUGAUUCGUUUGAACGAGCAUCCAAGUCUGAAUAAAGAAGAUAAUCUAGCACCUUUGUUUUGGUUGAGAGAUGAAGAUGAUGGGGAGAGCUUAAGCUCGCCAACAGAAAGUGAUCAGCUUUUAAAUGUGACACCAGUUGAUGUUCCUUCUUUCAGUGAUUUGAAGGACUCAGAUCAUGAGAGCCCAUCCAAAGCAGUCGAGCAAAGGCCACAUCCAGGAGACAUGUUUGACAGUGAAAUGUUUGAAUGGACUCAAAGGCCUUGUUCUCCAGAGAUUCUACCUAGUCCUGUGAAGGCCAAGGACCUAGGUAGAGGUGAGAUUGAUCUUCCCCAAAGGGAACUAUCUAAAGAUGCAUCAUCAAAUAAAAAACGCAAAGCAGGAAAUGCAAGAAAGAAAGUUGUUAAUGUACGUGUUGGGGUUUCCAAGGAGGACCACAUGGCAUCGUCUGCGGGAGAGAAUAUUGGUGAGAAACAAGAGAUUGGUGGAACUUCUGGCAAAUCUAUCAGGAAAGAUGGAAAGCUUGAUGAAAAUUUGAAAGCUAAACGGGCUACAAGAAACAAGGGCCAGACUUCAGAAGUUCAGUCUGGUGUUAAAAAAUCUGUGGAGGCAGAGGGAAAGCAAGGGACAAAGAGGAAAAUAUCUACCGUUAAAGUGUCUGCAGAGCAGCCGGUUGCUGUAUCUAAUGAGCUCUCACUUGGAACAGAGAACGUUGGUAAGGGGGAACAGAAACCUGAAAAACAAAGUCCUGCAGAGAAACCCUCUCUGAAAAAGAGAAGAAAAUCUCAAACGGGUGAUCUCUCUGAGAGAAGUGAAAAGAAGACUUCAGAAAAGAGAUCAAAACUUGAUUCCAGUGCAACCCCAAGCAGAGUUACACGAUCCCGUGGCAAGAAAAUCCUAAGUGAUGAGUUGAAUCAAGAGGGUGAUAGACAAGAUUCAACUAACAAAAAGAAACCCAACGUGGAUAAAUGCAAUCUUACCGUGCAAGAUUCAGAGAAACGCUCAACGAUGAACAAGCCCUCGCUUGGAGGUAGUGUACUUCUGCGACGAUGUUCUGGACCACGAACAAAUAAAUUCCCUUGUGCAUUCUGUCAGUCCUCAGACGAAACAGAGGCUUCAGGAAAAAUGUCUCACUACCACAAAGGUGAUCCUGUCUCUGCUGAUUUUAGCGGAGGGUCUAACGUCAUACAUGUUCACAAAAACUGUGCUGAAUGGGCUCCAAAUGUAUACUUCAACAGACGUACAGCAGUCAACCUUGAUGUGGAGCUGACAAGAAGCCGGAGAAUAACUUGCAGUUGCUGUGGGCUUAAAGGGGCAUCACUUGGUUGUUACAAUGAGGGUUGCAAGAAUAGUUUUCACGUUACGUGUGCAAAACUGAUACCAGAAUGCAGAUGGGACGAUAAAAACUUUGUAAUGCUAUGCCCUUUGGAUGCAUCCUCUAAGUUGCCCUGUGAAGAGGCUAGUCCAAAAGGAAGAAAACGCAAGCGUGCUCCUGAAGGACCAUUGCAAGCUCAGGCUAAUCAAGUAUCUGAAAAAUCUUACAUCAGUGAGCUCCAGAGAAAGCCUUUUCACGGAUUCCCCAAGAAAAUGGUUCUAUGCUGUUCAGGACUUACAGAUGAAGCGAAUAGUGUGAUUUUGGAAUUUGCUGAACUGUCUGGAGUUACAGUCUCGAGAAAAUGGGAACCAAGAGUUACACACGUCAUUGCAUCAACCAACGAAAAUGGAGCCUGCAAAAGGACACUCAAAUUCAUGAUGGGGAUCUUAGAGGGGAAAUGGAUUCUUAGCAUUGAUUGGAUCAAGGCCUGUAUGAAAAACGGAGAAUAUGUAUGCGAGGAGCCGUAUGAGAUUUCCAUUGAUGUUCAUGGAACACGACAAGGACCUUAUAUUGGAAGGCAAAGAGCUUUAAACAAGGAACCAAAACUUUUUAACGGACUAAAGUUUUACAUAAUGGGAGACUUCGAGCUUGCUUACAAAGGGUAUCUUCAAGAUAUGAUUGUAGCAGCAGGAGGAACAAUCCUGUGCAGGCGACCCAUUUCUAAUGAAGUUUCCACGAUCAUAGUGUUUAAUGUUGAGCCAAGCAAGAAGAAAACUCUGACGGAGAGAAGAUCCGAUGCUGAGGCCUUGGCUAGAUCUGUUAAUGCAAGAGCUGCAAGUAGUUCAUGGGUCUUGGAUUCUAUUGCGGGUUGCCAAGUUCUAGAAUUGAUAUAAGUUUCGUCUCUGGAUGGUUUAGUUGUUUUUGGUUUUGUCAGUAUGACUUAUGGAGACUUGUGUUAAUAUUUAUCUUUUAACGUUUUUAUUUAUGAAGAGCGAAUAUAUCAAUAAGUUU